AUGUCCUCGCUUACUGUGCGCAUUGCGUUUCUGAGCGGCGAAGAGCAUGGUAUCACUGUGCCAAUCCAUGCUACAGUCGAUGACCUUCGGGCGACUGCGGAAAUGGAGAUGCGCAAAAGUCUGGGUAAACUGAUAUCUGCCAGCGGCACCGUCCUGCCUGCUUCAAGCACACUCGCGCAGGAAGACAUCAAGGAUGGUGAUGUCAUCACUGCAGUUUUCCAAGAGGUGACUGUAGCAGCAGCCACCAGCGCAUUUGCCGUGAUCCGCUCAGAUGCCACAGUUGUUGCGUGGGGAAUCCCGCAAGUUGGCGGAGAUUGCAGUGCAGUUCAGGAACAGCUGCAGCAUGUGCAAUCCAUUCAAGCAACAUGGGAUGCCUUCGCAGCACUUCGCACUGAUGGUACAGUCGUGACCUGGGGCGAUCCUUUCGGUGGGGGCGACAGUUCUUCAGUGCAAAGCCAGCUCUGUAACGUUUGCCACGUUCAAUCCACCGCCCGGGCUUUUGCUGCCAUCAAGGCGGACGGAAGUGUGGUGACGUGGGGUUCUCGAGCCAAUGGUGGCGAUUGCAGUGCUGUGCGUGAUCAGCUCUAUAGCGUGCAGCAAAUCCAAUCCACUAGAAUGGCUUUUGCUGCCCUUCGUGAAGACGGAUCUGUGGUAACCUGGGGCGAGAGUGCUUCUGGCGGUGAUAGCUCUGCUGUUCGUGAUGAGCUGCAAGAAGGAGUUCUGAGUAUCUACGCCCAAGACCACGACUUCCCGGGCGUCAUGAGCUUUCCCGGCUUCGCUGCUAUCAAAGCAGGCGGUCGCUUUGUUUUUUGCGGUGGUGGUUAUGCCGCUCCGCGGGGCUUGAUCCACUCCGGGCUUGACGACAUUGCGCAUCUCCAAGUUGUCGGGGGACGGUGGGCUGCUGCUUCGAAGAAUGGACACUUGGCACUCAGCCUUGAACCCAUUCGCGGUGACAGGUGCUUGCUGGUUCCGGACUGCGCAAGCAGCCUCGCAGGUUGCCCGGAGUGCCUUGCAGUGCUUCAGAAAGACGGAACGGUGCAGUUCUGGGGGCACUGUGCCCCCAACUGGCUUCGGAACGAACUGAGCAAUGUUGUCCGCGUUCGGAUGGCCGGUGGAUUUGGUGCAGCCCUCCGAUCAGAUGGGUCAGUCGUGCUGUGGGAAUUCACAGAGCGUGGUGCGAUUUCGUGUGCGUCUGCGAAGGUGCACAGGCAGCUAACGGAUGUCAAGGACAUACAGGCAAAUCCGUGCGCUUUUGCCUUUCUUCGACGAGAUGGGUCUGUUGUUGCUUGGGGAGAUGACACAUGCGGAGGCAACAGUGCAGCAGUGCAACCACAUUUAAAGGAAGUCGUCAGCAUCCAAGCGAGCUACGCUGCCUUUGCUGCGAUUCGUCGUGAUGGAUCCGUGGUGACAUGGGGUGAUCCACGGAACGGGGGUGAGAGCAGUCUGGUGCAAGAACAGCUGGGUCGUCGAGUCGCCAACGACAACGACAAGCAGGCGGCUUUCAGGGCAAAGCAGGCUGGUGCUCACAACAGGGUCAAGUCCCAAGUGUUGAAGAAGCCUUCCAAGAAGUAUUCGAAGAAGUAG